GUGACGUCAUCGCUUCCGCCCCACUUCCUCUCCGUCUCUGUCCCCUCCUCGUCCCUGCGGCGGGUGAGAGGCGCACACACAUCUACUGUACACACAGCGCCUGCCAGACCCGGAGCCAACAUGGAGUAACAGGAGAUGGGGCUCGGACGGGGCCACCACCAGCAGCCACACGGGCGGGGCGCAGCAGCCGCCUGCUUAUAAUAAGCCAGUCCCCGGGAGGUACACGCCGCCGCUGCCGCUGCUCGUCCGCGGGAGGAGGGAGCACAGGACUGCACAAGCCGGGGGAUAGCGAGUCAUACACCGCCUGGGAAAGAUGAGCAGCUCGGAGCCCCCCGAGGCGGGUGCAAGACAACGGUGAUCGGGACAAGAUGAGCGAGGAAGCCCCCCCUGAGGAUGACAACUACAUAGUGCGUGUGAAGGCUGUGGUUAUGAGCAGAGAUGACUCCAGCGGGGGUUGGUUACCACAUGAAGGCGGCGGAAUCAGUCGGGUUGGAGUCUCAAAAGUAUACCCAGAGGGCACCGGAAGAAGUGACUUUCUUAUUCAUGGAGAACGAAUAAAAGAUAAAUUGGUGUUGCUGGAAUGCUACUUAAAGAAGGACUUAGUGUAUCAAAAGGCAACUCCAACUUUCCACCACUGGUCUGUUGACGACAGGAGGUUUGGUCUCACCUUUCAGAGUCCCGCUGAUGCACGAGCCUUUGACAGAGGAGUACGCAAGGCAAUCGAAGACCUCACAGAAGGAUCCACCACCUCAUCUUCUACAAUACAUAAUGAGGCUGAACUUGGAGACGAUGACGUUUUUGCAACUGGCACAGAUAGCUCCUCGAACUCGUCACAGAAGAGAGAGGCACCAGUGAGGACCAUCUCAUCUCCUUUGACGGGCGGAAGUUGUCGAUACAGCACCUUGAGUCCCAUUGACUUUUACAGCUCGGAACACUAUCCUCCAGAACAAUCAUUACCUAGGCCACCUCGACAUGUCAGCUUUCCAGAUGAUGACGAUGAGAUUGUCCGCAUCAACCCAAGGGAAAGAAGCUGGCUCACAGGUUAUGAGGAUUACCGCCAGGCACCAGUCCAACGCAAAUACUUGGAGACCGAGAACGCGGACUCAUACGUUCGGUUUGCCAAAAACGAAUCCUCAAAACAUGACUACAACUAUCCUUACGUAGACCACACAGACUUUGGCACGUGCAAGGACCUUAAGGGCCCCGUUAUAAAUACACAGCCCAGCCGAUGUAAGUCUAGGAGAAAAGAUGGCGAAAGGUCCAGAUGUGUAUAUUGCAGAGACAUGUUUAACCAUGAUGAGAAUGGCCGGGGCAAAUGUCAGGAUGCUCCAGACUCAGUCCGAAACUGCAUCCGCCGGGUCAGCUGCAUGGGAUUCGCAGACUGUGUCCUUUACCACUGCAUGUCUGACUCGGAAGGAGACUACACGGAUGCUUGUUCAUGUGAUACCAGUGAUGAAAAGUUUUGCCUCCGGUGGAUGCUGCUCGUCCCUUUGUCAAUCAUUGCUCCUGGCAUGUGCUGUUACCUCCCACUACGAGCUUGCUAUACCUGUGGUGUCAUGUGUGGGUGCUGUGGUGGCAAACACAAAGCAGUGGGGUGACCGUGCGCGAGGCCAGGACAUUCUACCAUGUGUUUCUGUUAACUGUUUGCUAGGAAGCGCUUUGGCACGAAACACUCCCAACAAUUUGGGUGCCAGGGGCCCAAGCUUUAAAGCCAGCUGCACCGAGCCACAAGAAUUUUAGAGGAGGUUCCUAGCGAACUCGCUUUCAGCUUGGAAAGCCGUAUUAAUAAACACGUAAUAAGGCAUUUAAACAGAGUUAAGCUGUGUGAAUGGAAUGUGGACAUGUUGAGUCUGUCAGGACAUCUUGGCAGCGUAAUGUCACCUGUAAAUAGUCUUGGCACUUCCAGAGAUGUGCUAUGCAAGCGCCAUAAUAGAGAGGUGAGGGUUUUAGAGCCCUGGAAGGAAAAUGGUUAAUGUUAAACUAAUAAGUAUUUUAAUCUGCACCCAGGUAUUCUGUGCUUAUAACUUAGGAUAACAAGAAUACCACAAUGCAGUAUUGUUGUUUCACUUUUAUGCCAAAACCAUUUUAUUUAUGCAUAUGUAGUAUUGGAUGUCCAUUACCAUUUCCUUUAUUUUUCACCUUUCAUUUUUAUUCUAGGUAUCCCAGAUUUUUCUUAAUUUAUUUGGGAUGCAUUGGAAAAACCCAAACACUCCCAAUUUGCACAUAACCCUUGAAUAGGGAUUUUGUUCCUGUCAUUCUACAUAGAAUAUGGCACUCAUUCCCUAUUACUAUUGCAGUAAAGAUAUACAGUACACCCUUCAUAUUGUCGCCUUAUAAUGACGGCGACUACAUAGAGGGUGCAAGAAAACACCUGCUAUGUAGUUGCCAAAAAAAAUUGGUGUUUUUUUUUUUUGUUUUUUUUUUUCUCUUUUGGAAAGGGAAUGGAAUAUCUUAAUAUUUUUCUAAAACAAGUUAUUCGUUUUUCUUAAAAAUGUGUAUAUAUAUUUUUUUUAUUUUAUUUUUUUUCCCAUUUGUUUCCUGUUUUGUAUAUGUGUUUCUAUGGGUGUAUGUGCUUUUGUUUUUUGUUUUUCCUUACCAAACACUACAAGUUUAGUACAGUAGUAUAAGUUAUGUUGCAGAAAGUUAAAAUGGCAGCUGCAUUUACAAAAAGAAAAAGCUAUUGUAGAUAAAACAUGUAUUCUGUUUGUAUAAUAGACUUUUCUCUGACCUUUCCUGAAGACUAGUGAGGCUGACCAAAAUUAAAGGGGUUAUCUGGCAGGAGAGGG